GGGUGUUUCUCUUUUGAUUUCCCAUCCAGGUGCAGCGUGUAGCCAUGGCUGCAUGGGUGGAGGCGACCACAAGGGAAAUGGGCCAAUCGCUCAUCAACACAGACAAACCUUCAGUUUCAGCCUCUGCCCUCCCUGGAGACACUGGGAAGCCAGCGUUGGGCCCAAAACCCCACCUCAUGCCCAAACCCUUUGCCCUGCAAAGGAAUGCCACCGUCCGCUCAAUCCGGGCCCCAAAAACCAACUUUAGCAGAGAGCUCCAUCGAGCCGCCUCUUCUGAAGCACUUUUGGAUAUCAAAAAAACAGACAAUCCAAAUCCAUCAGAAUCCAUAAAAUCAGGUUCAAACUGCACAGUAAAUGGGUCUAAUCAAAUUGCAGCUCCUAAAACCGUCCCACCCGGCCCAAAACCUGACUUAUCGGCUAAGCCUAAACCAGAACCCACUAAGAGUCCCGGUUCCAAUAACCAAACCAGUCCAAACUCAAAGUCUGCUGUGACCGCUGAAGAUGUGAAGGACGUUCAGCCCAGGAGCAGAGCAAAAUCUUUAGGUGCUCAGGAUCAAAAGAUUUUCAGCCAGAAGGUCCAAGGAGAAGCAGCCAAAGCUGAAGCGGAUGUCAAAGUGUCUUCACGGUGCUGGCCGCCUCGAAAUCGCCUCUCCGUGGAGCUGACCUCCAAAUUCGAGUCGCAGUCUCAACCUGAGAAAGAUGAAAAGAGAGACGCUGAAACCAGUAAGACGGAGAGAGAGUGGCCUCCGCAUUCACCUUCCGAGUCCAAGCCUUCAAAGCUUCCGGUGGAUUCAGGAGAGAACGCAGAAGAGGAUGUCAGCGGAGGCAGCAUUAAGAGACGAAUCAGCCUUCUCUUCGAUCGAUCUACAGCAGCUCAGCGCAGGGACACUUUCAACAAAAGAGACAAUCCAGGUGCUGAAAUAUCUGUUGAUAUUAAACAGAGAAUCCAGAAUCUGAGCUUGGACACACCAAGGACACGCUUGCCAUCUACCGGUGCUCCUAAAAGUCCACCAUCUGAGAAGACAUUAAGCACUCUAGAUGAGACAUCAAAUGAGAGACCAUCAGAAAAACCUGCAACCACAGAGAAGGUGUCUGCUGACAAACCACAAAGUAUGAGAGAAGACAAGAACUCUGCUACUAGUGCAAAGAGUGUAGAAGAAGAAGAAUAUGUCCCUGUUCCUGUUUACCGAAGGGUAGGGAUGAGCCUAGAUGCUGAGACAAAGAGAAGAGAAGAAGAAGAAAAACAGAGAAAAGAUGAGCAGUUAGAGAAAGAAAGACAGCAGUGGGAAAGGGAGAGACUUUUGGAGGAAGAGAGGAAGGCAAGAGAACUAGAGAGACAGAAAGAGGAGGAACAGAAACGUGCUGAGGAAGAGAGAAAAAAAGAAGAGGAAAAGCAAAGACAGACGGAAGAAAGGAGAAAGCAAGAAGAAGAGCAAAAGAGAAGAAUUAACGAAGAAAGAAAAGAGGAGGAGAGGAGGAGACAGGCCGAAAAAGAGAGGGAGAGACAGAUCGAUGAGGAGAAGAGAAGGAUUGAAGAAGAAAAAGAGAGGCUGAGAGAAGAAGAAAGACUAAAGAAAGAGAAAGAAAUGGAAGAAGAGAGGAGAAGAAUUCAGGAGUUGGAGAGACAGAGAGAGAAGGAAAGACUGAGACAAGAACAAGAAAAACAAGAGAGGUUAAAAAAGGAGAGAGAAAUAGAGGAAAGAAAACGAAUGGAGGAAGAAAGACUGAAAGAAGAGGAAAGAUUGAGACAAGAGCGAGAAAGACAAGAGCGGUUAAAGAAAGAGAGAGAAAUGGAGGAAAGAAAACGAAUGGAGGAAGAAAGACUGAAAGAAGAGGAAAGAUUGAGACAGGAACAAGAAAACGAGAGACUAAAGAAAGAAAAAGAGAUGGAAGAAGAGAGGAGAAGAAUUGAGGAAUUAGAGAGACAGAAAGAGAAGGAAAGACUGAGACAAGAACGAGAAAAAGAAGAGAGGUUAAAGAAACAGAGAGAAAUGGAAGAAAGAAAACGAAUAGAGGAAGAGAGAUUGAAAGAGGAACGAUUAAGACAAGAACGAGAAAUGGAGAGAAUACGGAAAGAAAAAGAAAUGGAAGAAGAGAGAAAAAGAAUUCAAGAGAUUGAAAGACAGAAAGAGGAGGAAAGAUUGAGAAAAGAACGAGAAUUAGAAAGAAUACGGAAAGAAAAAGAGAUUGAGGAAGAGCGGAAAAGGAUUCAGGAGAUUGAAAGGCAAAAAGAGGAGGAAAGACUGAGAAAAGAAAGAGAAUUAGAGAAAAUGAGAAAAGAAAAAGAGAUGGAAGAAGAAAGACAAAGAAUUCAGAAAAUGGAAAGACUGAAAGAGGCAGAAAGACUGAGAAAAGAACAAGAAUUAGAGAGAAUGAGAAAAGAAAAAGAGAUGGAAGAAGAAAGACAAAGAAUUCAAAGACAGAAAGAGGAGGAAAGGUUGAGACAAGAACGAGAAAUAGAGAGACUGCGUAAAGAGAGAGAGAUUGAAGAAAGAAAACGAAUGGAAGAAGAGAGAAAGAGAGAAGAAGAAAGACUGGCACAGGAAAGAGAAAGAGAGAGAAUAAAGAAAGAAAAAGAGAUGGAAGAAGAGAGGAAAAGAAUUCAGGAACUGAAGAGACAGAAAGAGGAGGAAAGACAGAGACAAGAACGAGAAAUAGAGAGACUGCGUAAAGAGAGAGAGAUUGAAGAAAGAAAACGAAUGGAAGAAGAGAGAAAGAGAGAAGAAGAAAGACUGGGACAGGAAAGAGAAAGAGAGAGACUGGAAGAAGAGAGGAGGAGAACUCAAAUGAUUGAAAGACUGAAAGAAGAGGAAAAACGGAGACAAGAACGAGAACAUGACACGGAGAUGGAAACGAGUGAAACAGCGGAGGGAUUACGAGAGGAGGUUCCUACGAGUUAUGAUUUAAUAUCGUUCGAUGCGGAGGAGCCGCCGGCUUCACAGACUCUGACCUCCACCGUCUCACCUCGCCUCGCACAACUGACUUAUGAUGACUUCUCAGUGAAACCACGAAGAUGGGGAACCAGGGCGAGACGUUCCUCCACUCCGUCUCCGUCCAGAGAAACCCCUCCUGCUCCUCACCACAGCCUCCAGCCAGAACCACAGCCCAGUCCUCCUGGCCCCCGAGAACCCAGCGGAGAUCAGGUGUCUGUGCAUGAUCUGAUCGGAUUUGAACCUGAAGCUUCCAGUCCACAAAACCCCACAGACGGCAGAACGCACACGUAUUUAUAUGAGUCUCAAUCGGUAGAUCAGCUGGAGCCAGAAGCACAUGAGGGCCAGUCGAAGGACGGAGAACCCGAGGAGGACGGAGAUGCAGAACAGGACGCAGAGAAUCUAAUCGGGGAAGCUGACGAUCAGCCUGAAAACUACGACGCCGUUGAUAACCCUACCACACAGAUCAGAAUCAAUCAAGCCUUGCAGAGACUGACUCAGGCCAGACAACCGAAUAAAUCUACUGAUUCAGACGCAGCAGAUCAGGAGGAGCCCGAUACGCUACCGGUUCUUCAGUCUGCAGCUCCUCUGCUGGACUCCAGCGUUUUCCGUUCGAAGGUCGAUCUGGCAAAGAAACGGAGCAUAAAGCGCACCAGACCGUCGCGUGCCGUCCGGCAGAGAGCCUCCCUGCCCGCUCUGAGCGAGGGAACGCAGCCCGACUGGAGGUUCUGCGACUCCACAGAUGCAAAAGACCAGUGUUCCAAUGGAGCGGGGUCUGAAUCAGAAGAAGAGGAACCGGCCCGGGACGUCACGUCCUCUCCAGCUCCAAGCCAGCCCAAGAGAGUCCCUGUGUUUCCUGGGAUGGACCCUUCUGCCCUCGCGGCCCAGCUAAAGCGGAGAAGUGGAGUGAUAGAAACAGAAAGUCCAGCAGAAGCCCAGACUCCUGCGUCUGUCCCCUCACGCUCUCCUCGUACACCCACCAUGGCCCUCGGCCCCAGAGUGCUGCCCCCCGUUGACGCCAAGGACAGCGGGUCCGGCUCUUCACCCUCCUGGCUGCUCGAGCUCAAAUCUAAGAAGCGAAUGAGUCAACCUGAGAGCGAAGCGUGAAGCUCAGGUCCGAUGAGGUUCGUUGAGAGGAAGCCCUCCGCUGAGAAGACGAGAACGAUCGUCCAUCCUCGUGCUGACUGAGCAUCGGAUAUAUUUCGAGCACGGGGCCUCGACUGAACUGUUUGGAGGCUUUGCCAAGAUGGCGACCUGUUAUGCGCAUUUUUACUUUAGCAUAAAAGUCUGUCAUAGUUGUUCGCUGUUUACUGUCUUGAUUUUACGGUUAUUUAAUUUAGUUUACGUUUAAUAAUUCGAGUUCCUCCAGUUCAGUCAGGGGCCUAAUGCACGUCUUCUUCUGUUCAUCUCUGAGGAACAGAAAUCAGUAUAGCUUCAAGCUGCAAUGCACUUUAAAUGAGUCGGAUCACUGGAAAGGGUGCCUUAGGGCUCUUAGGCAUUAUAUUGCAUUUGAGUUGAGUUUUUGUUUUUAUUCAAAUUGAAAUAUUGUACUUCGAAAAGUUUGUUUUAAAAAAAUCCAUUGAUGUCCACUGCUAUAUGAAACUCUUUUUUCUUUCUCUAAAUUGUUUUCAUUCUGUUUACAACAUGUGCCAAUUCCUUUAAGCUUUAAGACCGGCGUAGAUUUCUUUUUUUAAUCUUUUAUUGUCCAUAUUUUGUCGGCCGACGUGCUUGGAUCGAGCUGAUCGUCAUUUACAAGGUUUUCUUUUGUUUCCGAUGUCUUUACGGUCCUGCCAAGAACACUUUUAAAAACACAAAUCAGAGUUGCAAUAAUGUAUAAUAAUAAAUUGCGUUCCUCUGAGAUGUUUUUGUUUUAUUUCAGCUGUGUAAAUUGCUGCUUGAGGAAAUGUUUACUUGUUUAAUGUUGGGAAACGGGAGAUGUGUUUUAUAAAAUAUGAAUCAUGAAUUGCAAUCAUCUUGAUUAAAUAUUUUUCUAAACGGGAA